AUGCUCCGCCUCGCCGCCCUCCUCGCGUCGCUUCACGUGGCCUCCUCGGACGACCACUCCUGCGCCGCGGGCCUGACCAUGGAUGUCUAUGCCAACGGCGCGUCGACGAACCCCGUGCGCGUCGAGCUCGACGGCGGCCACUGCGGUACCAUGGCGGCCUUCGAGGCCGCGGUGUCGCGCGCCGCCUGCGGGGACCCGGCGGCGUGCCACGUGCGCGACGGCGCCGGCCGGCGCGUGCGCAAGUGCAGCCAGCUGAGCCGGUCGAGCGCCGACUUCGGCGUGCAGCCGCCCGGCGUCGCGCGCGCGUACGGCGUCCGGCGCGACAUGCGCUUCGUCUUCGCGACGGAGCACGUCGG